GAGGCUUGGACCAUUCGGAGGAGACAAUCAAUCGACAGUCGAUCAAUCGACAAUCGACAGUCGAAAAAUCCGAAAGACUGACGAGAUAGGCUAUGGCGAUUAUGGCGAGAGACAGUUGGCCGGUCGACUGGAAAGCACCGUACCGAGGAAGCUUUUGGGUGAACCAGGCGGAUUCGAAUUGAAUUGAUUGAAUUGAAUUGAGGACGACAGGGAAUGGAGUGAACGAAUCGAUCGGGAGCCUGCGAUGGGGUGGAGACGCUGUUCUGGACCAAUAAGAGGGAGGACUGAUGCUAAGUGUGAACAUUGGGUCAGUCUUGUGGAGCCAGACAGAGCAGCAGGUUCCGAAAUUUUCUCGGUUCUAGCUCAGAGUGGCAGUAAUCGAGCUCGCAGGUCACAGGAAGUUACAUGAGAGCUGGGCGAUCAGGGUCGACACGAAUGCGCGUGUGGUGCGCGGAGGCGAGCGACGGUGGCAGUAGUGGAUCGGCUUCGCAGCGGGAACGGAAUCAGGACGAAUGGUUUCUGAGUUUUCGGGGGCGGAGGAGUGAACCAAGGGGCGAGGGCGCAAGGGAACCAUUCUGUUCUGAAUCUCUGGGAAGGAUCUAUCGGCAUCUGCCGGACCUUCGAUGGGCGCUGGUCCGAUGGGUCUCGAGGUCCGCGCGCCAGUUUGGCGCAGCAGAAGAGGAGAAACAGAGUCCGGGAGCUCCAGGGCCAAGAAGGUGGAGCCGGUGAUGGAGAUCCGAGCGGCGUUGCUCACUUGCUCUCACAAGCGGCCCCUGCUCCUGCUCCCGCUGCCGUGCUCUGCCGACUCCCUCUUCAUACCUGCCCCUCACAUUUUUCUGGCUGCCACAAUUGACGCAAGUUGUGUUGCUAACUCCCUCCUCGAAUUUUCCCACGCGUCCAGACCUGGACCUGGACAUGACCAUUCAGCCCAGACCCUGUCUUGAAUUCUGCCCUGGAUGGGCCAACAUUGACGAGUGCUGCUAUUCAAUCCGUCUUUCCAUGUCCGAUUCGACACAGUUGCGGGCAAGACGGACGUAAUUCGGCCUUCAAGUCGAGGAAGACAUCAGGUUCUGGCAUUACGCUUGCCGGAGCUUGAACUUCUUCCGCGAGUGAAAUUUUUUUCCGCCUUUGAAGCGUUCGAUACAUGGAGCUUUAGGCUUGGGCACGUGACAGGUCGAGAUGCAAUUUGUCACGCACAUGUAGUUUUGACCUUGUGAGGCGAACAAGUUAUGGCUCCGAAUGGCCGAGACGGUGACCACGGCGGGCAUUAUAAUCCUGACGAAUGGAAAACAUCAGCGUGCCGGAACGCAAGAAGAUCUCGCCAGGGCAACUCUCCCAGAUCACCACUGCAGGCCUUGAGUCCAAGAGAGGUGGCAAGGAGGAACUCGCAGGCGAGCUGUUGCAAGACUCACGUUAACAUUCCGGCUGGAGACCAAUUCCCCGUUGAAUGCACCACUGAUACGUUUCCUCAGUGGAAUCCCUGCACGAAGCCUGUAAAGCCUGUCUCAGAGUUUGGUUAUGAAGCAACGUGGCGCUCGUCCCGUGCUCCGAUCAAAGUCAAAGACAUCAUCGAACCUUGUACAGUUUGCCCUUCAAAUUCGCAGUUCAAGCCUUGUAGUAAAUACAUUGCCACUGGGACUGGAGCUUGGAGCGAGAAAUGGAAAGCAACAAAACGGUACAUAAACCCUGGUUUGGGUGAAGAAAAAUUGUGGAAACCCUCGCUCAGAACCUUCGAACCUAAAUUAGGGUACGAGCUGCCAUACAGACCUCGAAUCAGGCCAGACACAUCGAGCUCCGGUCUUGAAACCAACCAGGCCAACUUCAGACCUGGAAGGCGUCAUCUACUUCCUCACACUGCGCUAAAACGGGAACAGCCUUAUCCUCGAAAGAAACAUGUGCAGGUGGUGUCUGAGUGGGUACCACCUUUCAGAAUUGCCGGAGAGGACUACAACAGUGCUCCCCCGAAACGAGACCGAUCUCGUGCCACAGUUCCUGAGUAUUAUGAAAAGCAUCCACCCAUGUCCUUGGCCUGGGAAACACCUGACCUUCCUGGAAGACCAAGCACUGCUACCAGUCGCCCAGGUUCCGCGAAUGUUACCCCUUACGCUUUUGGCAUCAUUCCAACCGAGGACGGUGCACGCUCUAUGAAGAAGUACAUUCCCAAGGGUCAUAUGAGCCACUUCGAGGGGAACGUUUGUUGUGUGUGCAAGCCUGGUACAACAGAGAAGAAGGUACUCAGAGGUCGUAAAGCCACGGGUCCUUACUAUGAAACAGCCACCGAAAGAAACCUCAUUUCUGGCCUUCUGCCACCGACUGAUGUUCACCGUCCAACGAAAGUUUCAGUCGGACCCCAACUCUAUGGUCCGGCUGGCACUAUCAAUGCAGACAUAAUUCACCAUUGUUUUUCAGGCUUCAAACGGGUAGGAACUCCAGUUUCAGAAAUGAGAGAUCAGUAUCGAAAGUAUGAGGUUCCAAAGGAGAAUGAAGCAUGAAACCAGCUCCUCUGAGGUACGAGAUUAUAAUUUAUCAUAUCCAGGUUGGUUGAGAGAGUGGGAAGGUCUCGACAGGAAGCUACGAAAGCCAAACCUGACCAUCGGCCGAGAGAUCGCGGAUGAUCACCAGAGGGAGUGGAAAACAAACUACAAGAGUAUUCCGCACAGCGUUGCUACGACCUGAGGUCUAACCAAUUUUGAUCAUUUAGUAACAUUUAAAGGAGAACGAAAUAGGCGGAUGAUACCCCUUUUGCAGAUAAGCUUUAGAAGAGAUUUUCUUUAUGUUUCUCAAGACGAAUGAUGAAAGGUGAGUGCUGGCAGCGCGACGAAGGCAAGAGCACUGAAAGCAAAUUCUAAUCCUGAAACCUCUCGGUGGGCUGUCAAUUCACGGAAACCUUUCAGUAAGCAUUCUGGAUAGUGGGCAUGAGAGGCAGGAGCGAAGUAGAAGUAGACCACUAGUUAGUUCAGUGCUUUCACACUGGAUUCAUCAAAUAUCUCCAAAAUUUUGUACGCAUUUCUAGGUUUAUACCAUGAUUCAAGAUAUAA